AUGGAAAGAUUCACAAAAGUUUCAGAAGAAAAUUAUGAAAUUUACUGUAAUAAACGUUCCAUUUCUAUAACUAAAGAAGGUGAUUAUAUUUUAACAAAGUUAACCUCAAAUUAGAAUUUGCCUUAACCUAAAAUUCAUGAAUAUCCUUUAAAUUUUUCUAGUGAUCACUUAAAUGUUUAAAUUGGUGAAUAUUGUUAAUAAUAGAUACUAAAUAUUGUUGAUUAAGUAUGUAUAUUUAACAAAAGGAAAGAGAUUGCUGAUAAAUAGAAUUAAAAUAUCCACAUUCCUUAUUUAUCAGUUCCUCCUUUAAAUUAAGAAAAUGACCCAGUAUAUUAAGAAAUAGUUAAAGCAGGCAUAUAGAAUGAAACUAAUUAAAUUUCAGGAAAAUUCGGAUGGUGCUUCAUAUGUCGAAAAACGGCACAUAAUUAUUGCAAAGAUACAAGAGUAAGCAUAUGUUCAAAAGAGUGCAAAAAUAUUCAUAUAUAAUAAAUAAAUAAAAUCGACUAUAUGUAAGAAAAUAAACAAAACGUAAUCAGCUAAACUUAAUAUAUUGAGGAUGGAAUUAAUAUUUUCAAGAUGCUGUGCGAUAUUUCUAAAAAAGAUGGAGCUAAUUUAAAUAGUGCUUCUAACCCACAAAAUCUUAAAACGAAAAUCAUUUCAUUAGAUCUAUUAUAUUUAAUAAUGGAUAAUGCAAAUAUAGUGUUUCUAUCUAAUUUCUAAUAAACAGUAAAAGAACAUUUAAUAGAUUCUCUAUUAAGAAAUUUACUUUCUUAAGAAAAAAAAGUUGUUUAAAUAUCUAUGAAUAUUCUAAUAAAUGUUUUUAUAGAUUUUCGAGAUAAUUUAAAAAAAGAAAUAAAAAUGUUUAUAAAUGAUAUUCUUUUAUAAAUGUUAGAAAGUGUAAAUUCAUCACUUCAUCAUAGAGUUUUAAUAUUAGAAUUUUUUCAUGAACUGUUUAAAGUUCCUAGAGUUUUAUUAGAAUUAUUUGUAAAUUAUGAUUGUGCAUUAAACUAAGCUAAUUUAACAGAAAAAAUAAUAGAGUAAAUAUCAAGAAUAUCGCAAGGAAAAUAUUCUAAAUAAGAAUUUUAAAACUCAAUUUUAUAUAUUCAUGAAUUACAUUUACGUUAAUUGUCUUUAUCAUCUUUAGUAUAAAUAGUAUAAUAAUUAUCAGAAUAUAAAAAUGAAAAUAACUCUAUGUCAAAAACAAUAGAUGAAUAUUAUUAAUUUGGAAUAAGUAAUGAUUAAGGAUAAAUUGAAGAAUAGUUAAAAGCUAAAAUUUAAAUACAGAAAGCAAUUUAAAAACUAAACUAUAAAAUAAAAGAAGGACUUAAUUUUUUAUACUUAUAAAAAUUAGUCUAAGACCCAUAAAUAGACCUUGAAAAAUCAAUAAAAUAAUUAUCAGAAUUUUUAUAUAAUUAAGAAAAUAUCAAAAGAACUACUUUAGGAGAAUUUUUCGGUAAUGAAAGUUCUUAUAAUUAAAGUGUUUUUAGUAAUUACCUUGAAUUUAUUUCAUUUAAAAAUAUCUCUAUAGACUAAGGCUUACGUUUACUAUUUAAAUAUAUUUAUCCAACAGGUUAAGCUGAAUAAUUGGAUAGAAUUUUGUAAAUGUUUGGGGAAAAAUAUGUAAAAGAUAAUUAAGGAAUAUUUAAAAAUGCUAGCAUUGCCUAUACUUUAGCUUAUGCUAUUAUGAUGCUUUAGACAAGUCUUUAUAAUAAAUAAAUUAGUGAAAAAGAUAGGAUGAGUUUGUAAGCUUUUAAAAAUUUAGUUAAAGGUAUUUCUGAUGGAGAAGAUUUACCUUAAUAAUAAAUUGAAGCCAUUUAUAAUAGUUUAAAAUAAAAUGAUAUUGCUAUCCAUGGAGAGACAUAUGAAUAGAAAAAUAAAAAUAAUGAUAUUAAAAAUCAAGAUAUGGUAAUUUAAAAUAAAAUUUUUAAAGAAGAAUAAAGAAAAAUGCUAUUAUAAGGAUAAGUAUAUUUUUUUUUUUAUAUAUUUUUGUUUAUUUUUAUUUUUUAUUAGAAAAUAAUUUAAAACGCUGAAAAUUAAAAUGAAGAUUAAAAUUUUAUAUAAGUAUUUAAUUUAAAUUUUACUAAACAUUUGUUAGAAGUUAUAUGGAGCCCUUUAUUUGUCACUUUUUCCAUAGAAUUAGAAAAGCCUGAAAGCUAAUUUAUUGAUUUUUCUCUAAAAGGAAUAUAUUAUUGUCUUUAUUUACUUGGCAAAAAUGAAUUAAACGUCUAAUAAUAAACAUUUAUAGUAACAUUGACAAAAGCUACAGGCUUACUACAAACAAACAACAGAUUAAAUUAAAAAAAUAUAAAAGCAAUAUAAAUAUUAUUAGACUCAUCUUUAUUUUGUGGUAAUACAUUUAGAACUUCCUGGAAAGAUAUAAUAGAAUGUAUAUCUAAAUUAGAUUAUUAUUUUUCUAAAGCACAUAUGAGUAAAGAAAUCUUAUUAUAAAAUCCUUAGAAUUUAGAAACAGAAAUUCAUAAUGCAGAAUUAUUAAUAAAUACAUUCAAUGAAAAUAUAAUCGAUAAGAUAUUUGCAAAUACCUGUAAAUUCGAAAGUUUAGAAAUAUAUGAUUUCAUAUAAUGUUUAUGUGAAUUAAGUAAACAAGAAAUUAAUAAUUAAAAUAAAGCAAGAUUAUUUUGUAUGUAAAGGAUUAGCGAAGUUGCUGAAUUUAAUAUGGACAGAGUAAGAUUUGAAUGGAAUAAUAUAUGGAUUGUACUUUCUUAGCAUUUUAAUUAUGCAGGAACUAGUCAGAAUCUAUAAUGCGCAUGUUUAGCUAUUGAUUUAUUAAAAUAAUUAAGUAUGAAGUUUUUAAAAAAAUAAGAACUAUCACACUAUUCUUUCCAAAAGGCUUUUCUAAGUCCCUUUUCGUUUAUUUAUAAUUACACUAAAGCCACAAACCCAAUUGUUAUUUAUGAACUUAUUCUAAGUUGUAUCAGAAUGAUUACAAGUAUUAAUUUCUCAACAAUAAAAUCAGGCUGGAACGUUAUUAUAGGAUUGAUUAACUAGACAAUAGAUAAUUACAAAGAUAUUAAUAAUAUGUCACUAGUUAUUCUUUCAUUUAAAAUAAUUGACGAAAUUUUUAUAUAAGAUGAGAGAUCGCUUGAAUUUUUGCAUGAAGAAAUGGUUUCUUUAUCUACAGCUUUAUGUAAAUUAGUUAAUUUUUCUUAAGAAAAUAUAGCUUUAAAUUCUAUUGUCUACAUUAAUAGACUUUUAGAUUAUCUUUUUGAUAAUCAUUAAUAAUAAUAAUAAAGGAAAAUAAUUGAUCUUAUUAUUAUUUAGGUUUUUUAGGUUCUAGGGAAAUAAUUUACGGGAGAAGCUAUUAAUAUUUAAAGGAAAGGACUCGAAACGAUGUUUAGAUUAAUAAAAAAAAAUUGCUUUGUUUUUACAGAUUAAUAAUUUAAUGAAAUCUGGAAUUCAGUAAUUUUGGAAUUGUUAGAUAAUAUGAUUAAUUAUUUUUAGAAAAAUAGCAAAGAUUUUGAUAUUAAUUUAAGUGGCUUUAUGAAAGUUUCUUGUUAAAUUGUAUUCGAAUCUAUAACAGAUAUUUUUAGUAACAAUUUUUAGAAAACUAGUUGUCAUUUUUAUUAAUAUUUGGAAGUUUUAGAAAAAUUAAUUGGUUUAUUUAUUGAUGUAAAUUUUACUUUUAUUUUUUAAAUAAAUAAAUAAAUAGAGCUUAUCUAAAAUUGCAACUGA